UGCCACCAUUGUUGUCCAGGCGGGACCUUAAUGAGCAAGAAGGCGGGCGUGUACUGAAAUGUAAACGACUCGAGAAUUCCCUGUUCGCUGACAAUUGAAGCUUUACGUAGGCAAACAAGCAUUGCAUAAGUGUUGGUAUAAUGCCUUAACAGCAAAUCGAUUAUCGAUGUUUAUCGAUUUUAUAGAAACUUAGAAAAAUCGAGUGUAUUUGGACAACCAACUUGAUCUACUCAUGCUUAAGGUGAAGUCUUUAUACUCUAUAUAGACAGUAUAUGACAAUAUCCUUAUAUACCAUCGAUAUAUUGAGUAUAUUGAAAUAUCAAUCCCUUAUUUUACAUCAUUCUACAUCAUUACACAUAGUAUUGUAAAUUCACUCUAUGUAUGGUAGAAUGUUCCAGACCUAAGCAUAGAUUACCAAUAUACCCCUUUCUAGUACGACUACAGUGUAUAAUCAAUAAAUAACGCAAUCAGUGCCAAAAGAUCUGCACUAUAAGUAAGCAGCAGACACUGGAGCACACGCCUUGGCAGCUCGGCUGGCGUCGUCUCAAGCUCAAGGUGCCGCCUUCUCCCUGGACUGCAAUUAGAAUCUCAGCUAUAAAAGCUGCAGUUGCUCCUUGAAGGGCGAACAGUCCAAGAAUCGCACUCAACUGGAGCACUGGAAGAUGCAGCUGCAAUUGAUUUUCACACUUCUCUUGAGUCUAUGGAGCUCGACUCAAGCUGAGCUGCACUUGGCACCACAUGGACUGCUCAAGUGGGCUGAGCUCGUGGAGCAUGUGCCGACCGCUGUGUCCCACCAGAGCACCACUGUGGUGCACCACACUGUGCCGCGCCGCACCACCACAUUGCUGGCACCACACAGUUCAGUGCGCAGCCUGGUUGUUGCCCCACUGACUCCGCUGAGCCCAGCCGCUGCCUAUGUACACGCCCAUAAGCUUGAGCCCAUGGGCUGGAGCUAUCUCUAUCCACACACUCUGUCCACGCUCUAUGCGAACUGAUUUGACAUGCGAAUAAACAAGCCCACGUCUGCAAAUCCGCAUCGAUGUCUGCAUCUCUUUUUUUGGGUGGGGCAGGGCGAGGGGUUGGCUUGACAGACUGGCGGAUUAGCUCUCGUUAAAAUCAAUGCAAAUGCCAAUUAAAUUUUGCGCUACGUUUCACAGUUGAUUUAGGUGUUGAGGUGACGUCACCGGAGCCACACAAAUAAUCCGAGAAGCUGAUGAACCUUCGACUCGACCCGUUAGCAGACAGUGCCUUCACCCAGCAGCAGAGAGGUAAUAUCUGUAGGCCGACGCCGAGUUGACAAUAACAAGCAAGAAGCCAUGCAGCCGCCAGGUGUUUGGCCCGCCAGCGUUUGGAAUUUCGAUGGGGAUUCGUCUAGCUGGAUGAAAAGCGAGAGCGUGCAAGCGCCACACAAUGACAAUGAAAAUUUAUGAAACUGUAAACCUUGAACUCUCUUCAACUGAUAUCGAUGCUCAAGCCAAAGGUGAACCCCAGCCAGGUUAACAGGCUGGCAACAGUUGGCCAAAGAGUUGACCGCAACGCUGGUCAUUUUCGGUCAUAUUAUGCAAUUGACCUGAGGUGCUCAAGUCCGUGAGCUGCAUGAACUCGAGGUUAUUUUAAGUGUCAGAAAUGCAGUAAGCGACGAUUGAGUAAGUCUUGGGACAGUCGAGAAU